AUGACUCACCAUCGCCGCCUUCAGCCAUCGCCUUCAGCCGUCGCGCUCGCCAUCGCCACAGCCACAAACCGGUACCUCCACCCGGCGGCAGCCACCAAGACCACCACUCUGUCAGCACCCGACUCCUUCCUCCACGGUCUCCCGGAGAAGCUCCGUGAUCUGACUACCCAGGAUGCAGAAGACGACAUGAUUCCGGCGCCCAACUUUGAUACCCAUGUCUUCUGCAAGGUCGUCGACACCAUCGGCACCUUUCAGCUCGAUCAGGACUCGUCGGUGGAUCUGGAGGAGGGCGAGUUGUACCUUCUGCCCUUCAAGCCCAUCCGCGACCUCCUCCUGGACCAGUCUAUCAUUUUGAUCUGA